AUGAAGAAGGAAGACGCGGUGCGGUGCAGUACGCCGAUCCUUAAGACCCUGCUCUACAGCACCGAGAGCGACGCCCCCACGCAAUUCUUCAGCUACACCGAGCACGAUGGGUGCAUUUCGAUGAUCGUGGACGAGAACAUCAUGCCGCUCUUUCCCUCUGACGAAACCGUCCAAAGACUGGAGGAACCGUGGCGAGUCAUUCAGAUUGACAUCGGCUCCUCGGGCAUCCCCUCCGAAUCUGGUUGCGUGUCGUUGGUGGGGUCGUACCUGUCGCUCAAGGAGAUCACCGUCUACUACCUUUCCACAGCGCAGCACGACUUUGUCCUGGUCCCCAAGAAGCACUUUGAAACAGCACUGGAUUGGCUGGGCAAGAAGCUGUGCUCCAGCAAACCCAACUCCAUCACCCCGCCCCCACGGCCUCCACCGUCCCCCUAUGUACACAACCUCGUCACCUUCCCCACACAACUCUUCGCAGCAAGCAGCGAACGCAUCGCCAAGUGCACGCGACCUCUGCUCAAACUCAUCUUCUUCGAGAACCCUGAGUCUCGAUUCUUCUCCUUCACAUUCGCGGAUGACGAGAUCUCGCUCAUCGCCGACCAGGAGCAUCUCGCCCUCUUCCCCAAGCAAGCCCUCUCCUCCUCCUCGGCGUGGCGGCCCAUCAAGCGAGCCAAGAAGGCCGGCUUCUUCGAGACCGGCGUGGUGAGCUACAUCUCCGCGCCCAUGGCGCAAGCGGGCGUGCCUGUACUCUACGUGUCGACCUAUCUCACCUCCUUCAUCCUCGUGCCGUCGGACCGGUACGACGAAGCGAUCAAGACGUGGAAGAGGCGAGACUUCAAGUUGGUGGACCACUUGGAGGCGCUCACGCUCGACGACGAAGCCGUCGCCUGA